UUCUCUCUUUCUUCAAGUUAGCUAUAGAGUCUAGGACUUAAAAUACUGACAUAAUGAAGGGAAGUGCCUUUUUUCUUUGAAUGUAGGAAGAGGAUUAGCAGUCUAUCAGAUCGCCAUUAAAGGGAGGGAACAGUUUUAGGGGAGAUCAGAGUGAAAACAUUGACAGCACCCUAAGGAUCUCCAUCUGGGAAUGGUCUCUGGUUCCAAAAGGAAGAAGGAACUUUCUAGGAAAGGUAAUCAAUUCAAUCAAGACCCUAGAAUAAGGCUUGAGAGGCCACCGGUGCCAACACACACUGUGGACGAUGGUCACUUCUCCAGGGACUCUAUAAAAAUCUGUCGUGAUAAAAGAGAUUCAGGGCAGAGGGAAACUCCACCACCAAGUGUGGUUCCAUUUCCCAGAGACGCCAAAUGGACAAGAAGCCUUCCACCAGGAAAGGUCCAGAUUUCUGUUCCUUACGCUAUGGGCUGGCCCUCAUCAUGCACUUCUCAAACUUCACAAUGAUAACCCAGCGAGUGAGUCUGAGCAUUGCAAUCAUUGCCAUGGUGAACAGCACCGAGCAGCACGGUCUGUCCAAUGCCUCUGCAGAGGGGCCGCCUGCACACACCCUCAGCAACCCCAGCAAAUCCAUCAAGGAAUUCAAUAGAGGGGCCUCUGUAUAUGAAUGGAGCCCAGAAACUCAAGGUAUCAUCUUUAGCUCCAUCAGCUAUGGAAUUAUAUUUACCCUUAUCCCAAGUGGGUAUUUAGCAGGGAUAUUUGGAGCAAAACAAAUGCUUGGUGCCGGUUUGCUGAUCUCCUCCCUUCUCACCCUCUUUACACCAUUGGCUGCUGACUUUGGAGUGAUUAUAGUUAUUGCAGUUCGGACAGUUCAGGGCAUGGCUCAGGGAAUGGCUUGGACGGGUCAGUUUACAAUUUGGGCAAAAUGGGCUCCCCCACUUGAACGAAGUAAGCUCACCAGCAUUGCGGGAUCAGGGGCAGCAUUUGGGUCCUUCAUCAUCCUCUGUGUGGGUGGCCUCAUCUGCCAGGCCUUAGGCUGGCCUUUCAUCUUCUACAUCUUUGGUAGCAUUGGCUGUGUCUGCUGUCUCCUGUGGUUCGCGGUGAUUUAUGAUGACCCUAUGCAUCACCCAUGCAUCAGUGUCAGGGAGAAGGAACACAUCGUGUCCUCACUGACUCAACAGUCCAGUUCCCCUAGACGAUCUGUCCCCAUAAAAGCGAUGGUGAGAUGCCUACCACUCUGGGCCAUUUUCAUGGGGUUUUUCAGCCAUUUCUGGUUAUGCACCAUAAUCAUAACAUACCUACCGACGUACAUCAAUUCUGUGCUCCAUGUUAACAUCAAAGAUAGUGGGGUUCUGUCCUCCCUGCCUUUUAUUGCUGCUUCAAGCUGUACAAUUCUAGGAGGUCAGUUGGCAGAUUUCCUUCUGUCCAGGAAUCUUCUCAGAUUAAUCACUGUGCGAAAACUCUUUUCAUCCCUAGGGCUCCUCCUUCCAUCACUGUGUGCUGUGGCCCUGCCCUUUGUGACUUCCAGUUACAUGAUAACCGUUAUUUUAUUGAUACUUAUUCCUGGGACGAGCAACCUGUGUGACUCAGGAUUUAUAAUCAACACCUUAGAUGUUGCCCCCAGAUACGCAAGUUUCCUCAUGGGAAUCUCCAGGGGAUUUGGGCUCAUCGCAGGAAUCAUCUCUUCCACUGCCACCGGAUUCCUCAUCAGUCAGGAUUCUGAGUCUGGAUGGAGGAAUGUCUUUUUCCUCUCGGCGGCUGUCAACAUGUUCGGACUGUUCUUUUAUCUCAUGUUUGGACAAGCAGAAAUCCAGAACUGGGCCAAAGAGAGGACUCUUACCCGCCUCUAAGGCUAUUGAGUUAUAAACUUAUAUACAGAACUGACUGUUAACUUUUCAGCAUUUUUAAUGUAUUGCCAUUCUUUCUUUGUAUUCUUGGCCACAUAUUCAGCAGUUCUCAACUGUGGCUAUGUGUUAGAAUUCCCUGGGUAGUUUCUAAAACUUACUGAUACCUGGACCCCAUCUGAUAGAUUCAGACAGAGUUGAAGGAGAGCCUAACUAAAACUAAUUUUUUGGCACUCCCCAGGGGUUUCCAACACACAGCAGGAUUGAGAACUGCUGGACUAAUGUAAAAUGUCAAUUCCUAUUGCCUUUGGAUUUUCCUUUUUAGAAGGUAUUAGAUAAAUAAAAAUCUAUGUGAAAAUAAUUCCUGCCAAAUACCUUCAUGAAGGUGGUUAUGGACAAAGAGAAAUUCUGCUGGGAAUUGUAGCCAUAUUACACAGUUUUGCACAGAGUAGAAUUCUAAGACUGUGAUCCACACAGUUGUUAUUUUACAUCUAGAUUUACUGUUUUUUUAAAUAAUUUGUAAAACAUGGAUAUUUAUUUAUGUAGCUAAAUUCUAUUAAAAUGCAUAUGCUAAAAUUAAAUAGACCAUUUUCAAAUUAUUUAGAUUAGGAGAAUCUUCACCAGGCAAACAUAUAUUUAUUUAUACCAGCUAAAUUCUCAUAGAUUAAUGACCAUAGAAUGGCCAGAAAGAGAUGAAAUGAAUGAGGUCAAAUAGAAACUGGAGAAGAGAGAAUACAGAAUUGGAAAACUUGUUGAAUGUAACAGGAGAGAGUGUGGACACUUCCAAGAGUGACAGUGAGAUAGUUCAGAUCAAAUAAUGAAAAGGGGAGAGAGAUGAAUGCUCCCCUUUCAAGUAUAAUGGAAAUUUAUAAGGAGAAGACAAGGUAUAACAAGAUACAGCAAGGCCUAGGAAGUUAUCACAUAUCAGAGAAGUUCCUUUAGAUGGUAAAAAAGAUCAUUUGACCUUCCUCAUAUUUUCACUAUUUUCCCAAGAUUUUCAAAUUAGUCAUCAUCAACCCCAAUUCCAGGAAAUAGCUUUAUUGUUCUUUCUGUUAGUGCCUUCAGAUAUCUUCUGUUGGAUUGCCCUUUCCUACUUCUGGACAAUAUCUCUCAACUGUUUUCAGUCCAAUCCAGUAUAAAUCAGAACUUCAAUCUUAUCUGACAAAGAGUGUGCACUGAGAAAUAUAAAGAACUUCAAACUAAAAAGAAAAAAAAGACAGAAAACAAUAGAAAAGUGGGCAAAAGACUUGAACAGAGUCUUCAUAAAGAGGUUUUCUAAGUGGUCCAUAAACAUAUAGAAAGGUGCUCAACCUCAUUAUUCAGUGGAGAAACGAAAAUACAGUGAGAUACCACCAUACACUUAACAGAACAGCUAAAAUGAAAGAAGAUGAAAAUCAGCAAAUGUUGGCAAGGGUUUGGAGCAACUGGAACUCUCAUAUGCUAUGAGUAUAAGUAUAAAUUAAUAAUUUGCAAAGCAGCUUGGCUAUACGUCCUAAAGCUAAAUUUACACAUUCCAAUAACUCAGAAAUUUCACUUAGAAUUGCAUGCAGAUGUUCAUAAAAAAAAAUUACAACAAUGUUCAUAAUAGCCCAAACUGAAAACAACUCAAUUAUUCAUCAAGAGAAGAAUGAGUAAAUAAAUUAUGAUAUGUUCAUACAGCAAUGAGAAUAAACAAACCACAACACACAACACGGAUGGAUCUCAGAAACACAAUGCUGAGCGAAAGAAAUAGCGUAUUUUUUCAAGUUUAUAUAGACCUUUAAAAAAUAACCAAAACUAAUCUAUCAUGUUAAAAAAAUCAAUUUAAUGAUUUCCCUUGAGCCAGGGGUGCAAGUAGUGAUGGGGGGAAAGGGGUGGCUCCUAGGGUGCUGAUAAUAUCAUACUUCUUGAUUUGGAUGCUAAUCAUAGUAGUGUGUUCUCUCUGUGAAAAAUGUACAUUGAUGAUUCUUACACUUUCAUAUAGGUAAAAAAUACAUUGCUAUUUUAAAAUUCAAUGCUAAUAGCAUUGAACUAUAAAAAUUUGUUACAACUGUAUUGUAAAAAUUUGUUACAACACUUAAAACAAAUUAAAUUUCAUCAAUUUAGAAGUUUUUCCUCUCCCUUUGGCCCAGUGGACCUGCCAUUGAGAAAGAGUCUUGGCUGUUUCUUUCAUGUUCUUUCUGGUCCUUUCCUACUUCUGGAUCCUCAGCAUCAGAGCAGGAGGGAAGGUAGUGGGACAAUGUAUGUUGUCAGCUUUGGGGCCAAGGCCAAAUUCACAAAGAACAAAAUCGAGGAGCUUCAGGCUUCCAAGAAAACAUGUCCCUGGAAACAUCAGUUGCCGUGGGAGGUAAGAACAACAAGGAUCCAGCAUGUCCAGGCUUUCUGAACAGUGGCUCUAAUUCAUCCUGGCAAGUAACUUCAAAAGCUAUCUUACCCCAUUUGAUGGUUUGAGGAAGAGUUGCCAUCCAUACUUCCUCAUGGCUUCAGAGAACAGAUGCAAUUGUGAGCUGAUAGGAAGCAUCUCUAAUCCAACUUUCCCAUCCCUAAAAAACUGGUUCUAACAUUAAUGGUAAUGCAAAUUAAUUCAUUUCUCUCAAGUAGCUUAUGGGCAUCUAUCUAGUGAUGAGAUGAUUUUCUUUCUCUCUUUUGACUUAAUAUUAUGAAUUGUAUCCAUAUAUUUCUUAAUGGUGAGGAAUAUUUUCUUUCAGUGUUCUUUUAAUAUACUGUACAAUUUGAUUUACUAAUAGUUUAUUUAGCACUUGGGCUUCUGUAUAGAUGUAUGAGAAUGGUCCUGUAUGUAUGUGUGUGUUUUGCAUGUCUUUAUCGUAUCUGGAGAUGAGGCUUAUGCCAAUUAAAAAAAAAAAAUGAAAUAAAGGGAAAUUUCCUUAUUCUCCAAUACUCUGAAAAAACUAA